UACAACAAACAAACUCGGAACAAGGAAGUUAUGCACAGGUGUCUGCUUCCUACUUAUUUAGCGUUACCUUUCAACACCUUCUGCGACAUCGAUCAUCACCGAGCUCCAUCAUGGCUGAAGUUGAAGAGGAAGUAGCGCCAGGUGAAGAGCAGCAGCAAGUGCUCAGCUCUUCUUCACCCGGCGGACCGGAGGACAGUCAUCCGUCUGUCCUCGCAGUGGGCACGGGGGAGCAGCAGCAGGUGCUCAGCUCUUCUCCAGGUGGACCGGAGGACAGUCAGCCGGACAGUGCUCCCUCAGAGGGCACGGAGCAGCAGCAGCAGCCCAGCUCCUCCUCUCCAGGUGGACCGGAGGACACCCAGCCGGCUGUGCACGCAGAGGGCACGGAGGAGCGGGCAGCGGAGGUCGGAGCGGCCCGCCCCCAGUACAGUACCAUCUCCGUGGAGUCAUCUCUGACCCACUUUAAGAUGAUGAGGUUCUUCGUGUUGAGGCCUGGCACUCUGAAUCAGGCCAUCAAAGACAUUGAAGCUCUGGUGGAUAUGGAAGUAGAUGGCAGCGUUCACAGCGUUUGGCUGAUGACAGAGGUGGAUCACUGGAACAAUGAGAAAGAGCGUCUUGCUCUCAUCACAGACAACUCUCUCCUGGUCUUCAAGUACGACUUCGUCAUGUUCGUCUGUGAGCAAAUCCAGAGGAUCCCGCUGAACAUUGUGGACCGCAUCUCCCAUGGCAAAUUCACCUUCCCACCAGCCUCCCUGCUCAAGAGAGAGGGGGAGGGGGUGCGACUCUUCUGGGACCGGCUGAGAGAGCCCUCCUUCACCUCCAGGUGGAACCCCUUCACCGUCGACUACCCCUUCAUCACCUUCACACACCACCCUGUGAGGAACAUCAAUGAGACAUACGCUGCUCUCUGCGACAUCCAGAAGUUUCGUGAACAGCUCAAGGAUGCAGCGCAGAGAGCCCACACUAUAAAGCCGUUUCCUGGCAAGGCCAACGGUGUCCUGGUCCUGAAUCAGAACAUCCUCAUCGAGACUUACGUAGGCAUCAUGUCUUUCAUUGGGAACCAGAACAAACUGGGAUACUGCAUGGCUCGAGGAAACUUCGGCUACUAACUCUUCUGCAUUUGUAUGAUAGUUUUAUCGUCGAAAUUGUUUCCAUGUUUUUAAGUUUGUUUACAGAGAGCUCAUUCAAAUUCUACAAGGUCUGACCGAAGAUUUUUCCAUAUUCAGGUUUGCUUUUGUCACAGAGAAGCCUGGAAUCUCAGGAUGUUCUGUGUGAGGUUUAAACAACCCUGUGAUCUCCCCCAUUGCUUAUUACCAGUGUGUGGUGUAUGAGUACUCAGAAAUAUCCGCAUUUCAACACCGCUCUUCACUGGAUGACGGAUCCCCCGCUGCUCUCAAGGAGCUUUGUAUUUGCUCCUCAGUGAUAUGGUAAUUCAACUCUUUCGCAAUGGGACUCCUUUCUUCCUCCCCCGGUGUCUCUGUUAAAAGCUCAUUCCCAUGCCAUUCAGCCCCUUAGAGAUUCACCGGAGCAUGGGGGCACAUUUGUCAGUUUAGUUUUAUUAUUUGCAGUGUAUUUUUACAGUGCAUACAGUGCUGGAAUUUCCCCUUGAUUUGUGUGUUUACCAUGUGUCGCUCUGCCUUGUUUGGCAUCACCUGUUUGUCUUGUGAGCAUAUCACAGACAAGAAAAUGUAGGCUUACAUAUUUUUUUCUCUUUUCCUUUGUGUUGGUACAAAAGAAGCAGAUUUUUUUUUUUUUUCAUGCAGAUUUCUCUGCAGUGUUUUUCUUUGGCGCAUUUUAAUAGUGAAUAAUCGUACCCUGACCUUUUUUCAUGCUAAAUAAGAAUGCAUGUUUGCUAAAAGAUAAACCUGACAGUUGUGUCUGCAGCUAAUGAGUAAUAAUAUCAUUGAUUUAAAGUUUUUACUGUUACUGUUUGUAACAGAAUGGGCGGUUUAAUACUACAGCAAACAUGUGUUUGACCGCCUGUCGCUUGCAGCUUUUCAUCUAAAGGCCCUGAAACACCAAGCUGACAGUCGAACAUCAGUCAGAGUUGGGCUGUCGGUGAGCGUCUGUCGCCCUAGUCGGUGCGGUGUGUCCUGCACAAAUGCCCUUGUCGCCUCCUGUCUGCUUUUUUUUGGGCCAUUUCAGCAUGUUUAAUCAGUGUUGGCAACAGAGUAGCCCAUCAGUGAGUGAAAUCACUCAACCGGCAGUUCAGCUUAGCCCAACACGAAGAGAAACAGAAGUGAGGAAAGUAAACAAACAACCAAAGUCAAGAGGGAGCCAGUGAGCUUUUUAGCAGAAACGUUUCCUGAUGGUUUGUGUAACUGUUACUGUUGCAAGAUUAAUAUCUUUUCUUUCUACAUUGGAUUGUGUUGUUAAUGUGCUAACUGCCUAACUAGCAUCAAGACGGUCUUCCAGUUUACCUUUUCUAAUUAAGAUUACAGACUACCAUCUGCUGGUGUGGAGAGUUACCUUCUCUCACACAAGUGCAGAACGUACGUGCUGGUUUGCCGUUGUCUGUAGGCUUUACGAUGUGUUCAUGUGCAACUUUCUAGGCAGAGACACAGGUGAUAUCAGGAGAUGCAGCCUCUGAAGUCAGUUUGGUGUGUCUGGGCUGUAACAGCUCACUGUGGCUGCUCCUGAUUGUUCCAUUACUCUUUGCAAUAUUUAAAAAUUGGCCCAUUGUUAAAAAAAAAAAAAGAUUUUUGCAGAUGCAUUUUUGAUGAAACGAUCAUGGUCAGCGCUAACCUUCAUAGGUGCAUUUUUGAUGAACUCUUUUUAUUAAACAUAAGUGGAAACACCAACAUUUUGAAAAGAUCUUGAAAUUUAGAAAACAUUUGUAUACUUGGAGAUGCCUGUGAGGGUUCACACCCACUGAGUUUAGAGCCUGUGACUCCGCACCAGUCCGUUACAACUGAAGAAUCCUCUUGGAUGAGAGGUGAAACAUCUUCAAGAAACUCUAGCAAGUCCAGUUGCCUAUGAUACAGCACUUAUGAAUAUGCUUGAAAAUGGAAAAGUUGGUUUACUGCUAAGAAGUAAAUGCUACUAAGUGCAAUGAAAAAGGAUUCAGCAAAUAAAUAAUUAUGUACCGUCAUGUUAUAGUUCUUAGGAAGCUCUCUUUGUUAUGUCUAAAAGGCUUUUAUCGAGAAGUGAAGGAGCCCCUUGGUAGUCGAGAGGUUACUGUGCAUGCCACAUAAUCACAGUGUGUCCAGUUCCGUUCUGUCCGACCACCUUUGUUGCCUGUCGUACCUUUUCUCUCCGCCUCGUUUCCUGUCUACCUCUUCGCUGUCAAAUCUCAAAUGAAGGUGAAAAAUAUUCCCAAAAAAUAAAACAUAAAGAAUGAAACAAACACUGA